AUGGAGCUGUCAAACACUAGUGAUCCUAUGCUCCAACGCGAAGACGAGAACUCAUCCUUGGAAGCAGAAGCCCAAAAGGCGUUCAUUGAACCAGAAUCUUAUCUACACGACUUGACGCUUGCAGCGACCUUAGCCUUCAUGUACGCCGUCCGGGGCGUGGAUAUUGAUUUCAGGGAAAGCACAGAGCUGCAGCCGGAGUUGGGCAGCCUGAAGAGGAGCUUCGAGAGACUUGAGCAGUGUCAAGAAGGGUACACCGUUCCCGAUGAGAGCUCUGGCAACAGGUCCAACGUGCGUCGGCAGCCGAAAUGGCUGUGGCAAGAACAAAAGUACAGGGCUUUGAAACGUAUCAUGGAGGUUGUGAUGCCGAGUAAGUGA